AUGUCCGCACCAGUGGCUUCUACGAGCUCUGGCAGCAGCCAGGGCAAUGACGAGGCCAAGGGGGUCCCACCGACCUCCGGCUUGACCGAAGCCAUUCCAGCCGACUCCACUACGGAGGCAGAAGAAACAGCGAUCGCUAUUGGAACCACCACUGACGGCACGAAAUUCAUCCUCUCGGAUUCCAUGUCGGCCAUUAAGGCAUAUGCUGCCGGAAUAUGUUUACAAAGCAUUGCCUACGUGCUUUGUAUUUGUUUCUUAUGCUGGUGCCUUUUUAUUCUCAUUCAGGAAUUUCGCUGCCUGUUCAAGGAUGACUGUGAGGUGAACACGCGAACGCGACGCUUCUGCCAGCGGUGUCGCCUGCAGAAGUGCUUUUCCAUUGGCAUGAGGAAAGAGUGUAUCCUGAGUGAAGCUGAGAAGCGUGAGAAGCGUGCCAAGAUUGAGGAGAACCGCCUUAAGCGUGCAUCGCAUCCACGCCAAAGGACACAGCUGUCCGAGGAUGAUGAUGAGAGCCCAACGAAGGUGACGCGCUACGCGUCAGAGCAUGCAAGCAAUGCAGGGCCGUCAGGUGGCCAGCCCCUCAAGGCAGACCAGCCCGACUCGUGUUGCUCAGACUUGGAAUCGAGUAGUUCUGACUCAUCACAGCUGCCGUGGCGCCGGCGUGACCAGUGCGGCUCAACACAGGUGGUGCAUGAGCGAGCCAUACGUAGCCAGUUCUACAGAGUGCCAGGCUCAGAUGUACUGACAGAAGCUGAAACACACCGCAUCCAGGAGCUGGCCACGGCCAACCAGGUGCUCAAAGUACCGCUAGCCUGUGAUCCUGAACCAAGCCUGGUCGAUGUCAUCAACAUGACAGACCAUGCCAUCCGGCGCCUCAUAAAGAUGUCCAAGCGCAUUGCGGCCUUUAAGAGCCUCUGUCAGGAAGACCAGGUGGCACUGCUCAAGGGCGGCAGCACAGAGCUCAUGCUAUUGCGUUCGGUCAUGUCGUACGACGCUGAGCGCGACUGCUGGAAGGGACCUGAUCCACGGCUUAUGUCUAUUCGUGUGGAUAUCCUAAAAGAGGCUAGGGGCAAUGUCUAUGAGGAGCACAAACGCUUUAUAAAUGCAUUCCGACCCGAGUGGAGGUUAGAUGAAAACAUAAUGCUGCUGCUCAGCGCCAUCACACUGUUCACGCCUGAGCGGCCCAAUCUGGUGCACCGAGAUGUGGUGAUGUUUGAACAGGACACAUACCUUUACCUACUGCGGCGGUACCUGGACACGCGCUACUCAGGCUGUGAGAGCCGCUCAGUCUUCCUGCAACUCAUCCGCAACCUCGAAGACAUGCGCACGCUGAAUGAGAACCAAGUCAGCAUAUUGGUGGACCUAAACCCUCAUGAAGUGGAGCCUUUGCUUAUAGAAAUUUUCGACCUCAAGUAGGAUUUGUGCAAAACUGUGUAAGGGGGGGGGGGGGGAGGAGCGAAGCUUUCUCAUUGUGAAAUGAAAUAUACUAUGCAAGAAAUAGGCUAUAAUAAUGUGUCAGAAGAGAUGCAAACAAUGAUGAUUGUGUCAUGGCUGCACAGGGCAUUGAUUGACAGCUUUACAUAAUCAAAAGUGAGAGUGGAGAUUUAUCGUGAAUUGACUUAAUAGCUAGGUAUCAGGUGCGCUGCUCAACUGAGACCUCAGGUAAGACUUCAGCGGAACGUUUAUCGAAAUACGUGGGGAGCGAGAAAUUAUGCCACUGGUUUUGAAGAAGCAAAUCUGUAUGCAGUAUAUCUUUUAUUGAGGCCAACGUUUUUAGAAAAAAUAUUGUUGAGUACGGGAAACCUUAAAACUUGACUGUUGAGUUUGAAACUCCUGACAGAGCAAUGAAAAAUUACAUUUUCAGUUCUGUAAGGUGAAUCUAACAAUACACUAAUGAUACAUCUAAAGCUCUCCAAUGUGCUCACCAAAUGAUAUACUGCUCUGGAAUGAAACUUUGCCAGUCCGAACAUGGCGCAGAAACCUGGAGAAUAAGAAAAACUCGUAAAGAAGCUAACACAGCGUGGAAUGGAAGGAAACGUGAUAGGGGUAGCCGUGGGAGACAGAAAGACAGCGGACCGAUUCAGAGAACCAACAAGGGUAGCCGAUAUCCUAGUAGAUAUUAAAAGGGAAUAAAAUGGACCUGGGCAGGCCAUGUUAUGAGGACAGACAACAGAUGGUCAGUUAGAACAUCAGAUAGAUAUCACGAGAUAGGACACCAAGGGUUCGAUGAAUUGACGAAAUGAAGAAAAAAGGGACAGGGUAGACCACUGGGAGAGGCCCUGCAGUGGACGGAUGAUGAUGACGGAUGAGUCCACAGAACUUUUCAGAACCUUUGUUCAAAUUCAUGUAUCAAGUUUUUCUUUCAGGCAACCAAAAAAGCGCUUUUGUUUGCGUCUUUA